GAUCUCCGACUCAAGCCGGCUGGCUGCGAGCAUCGACCGACUCCACCAUUAUUAUCUCCUGCUCCUGCACAGCUCACCACACCACCAUCCCAUCCAUCACUGCACGCAUGCUCCCUGUCCGCCCUCCAGCAUAUUACACCCACAUUCUCCGUCCCGUUGACCGCCACACCGAUGCUUCUCCUGUCCGCGACCCCGACACCACGCCCCCGAGCCGAUUGAACAUCCCCCUCCUCCACCACCGAUCCCUCUCCCCCGACCGAUACCGAUACCCUACCGAACCCCAACCCACCAAAUGGCGUGGUAUUCGCUCCUCCCGCCGGAAUUCAUCUCCUUCGAGACAUGGAUCGUGCGCAUCUUCGUCCGUCUCCCUUCCCCUCCUCUCCCUCCCCUCUCCCAUCCCAUCCUUGCUGGACCGCAGACUACGGAAAUUGAAGCUCCGCACUCGCGCACACACACACACACACACACAAACACACACAGAGAGAGGAAGUGACUAACUAUUCCAUCCACAACCGCAGAUCUUCCUCGGGUUCGUCACGAUCUUCCCCUGGGCCGCGCUCCUCAUCUUCGAUAUCGCGCUGUAUGUGUGGCGCAUGGUGACGUAUGAGUUCCCGGUUGUUGGGGGCCGGGCGCGCGGGAGGUCGCGGCCCAGGGCGCCAAGUCUAAAUGAGAGGCCCGGUGGAAGGCCGAGGGUGUUGG